CAGGAAGUAUCGCGAUGUUUCCGCUGUUCGCCGGUGAGGAAGCGUUUUCCUGACGGAUCCUCAGACUAACCGGAGGUAGUUAGCAGUUUUACCGGCAGUUUAACCGGCGGAGUACGCACCUGCACAGAUUGAAGAUGACAGGCGCACCGUACAACUACUCCUACAUCUUUAAAUACAUCAUCAUCGGUGAUAUGGGCGUUGGGAAGUCGUGUCUGCUUCACCAGUUCACUGAAAAGAAAUUCAUGGCGGACUGUCCUCACACCAUCGGGGUGGAGUUUGGGACCAGGAUCAUGGAGGUCCACGGUCAGAAGGUGAAGCUGCAGAUCUGGGACACAGCAGGACAGGAGCGCUUCAGGGCCGUCACACGCUCAUACUACAGGGGGGCCGCCGGGGCCCUGAUGGUCUAUGACAUCACCAGGAGGAGCACCUACAACCACCUGAGCAGCUGGUUGACCGACGCACGCAACCUGACCAACCCCAACACAGUGAUCAUCCUGAUCGGUAACAAAGCUGACCUGGAGGCUCAGAGAGACGUCACAUAUGAAGAAGCCAAACAGUUUGCAGAAGAAAACGGUCUUCUGUUCCUGGAGGCCAGCGCUAAAACGGGGGAGAACGUGGAGGAGGCCUUCCUGGAGGCGGCUCAGAGGAUCUACCAGAACAUCCAGGACGGCAGUCUGGACCUGAACGCUGCCGAGUCCGGAGUCCAGCACAAACCGACGGCACCGCAGGGAGGACGUCUGAAUGCAGACAGCCAACCGGUGAAGGAUGGCUGCAGCUGCUAACCAGAACCAGAACCACCAGAACGGACCGACCCAGAUACAGAUACGGACCCCAACACCGCUCCAACAGGACUCAGACCAGAAACGCAGCAGACCUUCAACAGAGACCUGAUCAGACUGGACCUGAUCCAGAUCCACCAUUUCAGAACCAUCAAACACAGAACUGGCCCCACAGAACGCGACCCAAACCCAGACCGACCCGGGUUCAACCGACACCGCCU